CGCCACAUGGCGCGCCCAAGCCACUCGAGUUCAUGGAUGCCACUGAGGCAGCGGCGUCAGUUCCCCGCGGACGCCGCCAUGAGCCGAGGGCAGAGCAGCAUGAGCCGAGGGCAGAGGAGCGGCCUCGCCGGGGAUCGGCCUCCCGUGUUCAAGGUCUUCGUGACGAGACUCCACCUCGACACGACAGACGAGCACAUGAGGCGCUGCGUCCGAGAGGCCACGGGCGCCGACCCCGUCGCCGUGCACCGGAUCGUGCCCCGGGACGGACAGAACUUCGUGUCCUACAAGGUCACGUGCCACGGGAAGCACAAGGAGGCGCUUCUGCUGCCGGAGACGUGGCCGCAGUACUCGCGCUUCAGAGAAUUCGUAGAGAAGGUGGCAAUGCCUCCCGCGCCCGUGCAGCUGACAGUCGGCGAGCAGAGAAUCCGGGCCCAGUGGACGUGACGUGGAUCUCGCCUUCCUCAGUUGUCUCCUCUUUUGUAUAUGAUGAGAUUUUGUACUCGAAAAGAUGUCUGGCGUCAUCCCAUUACCUCCGAAGAUUUUUAUAUCAUUCUGUUUGCAAGAUUCUAAACACUCGGUCAUUUUAGACCUGCAUUGCAUACUCAGGAUCGUUUCCAAAGGAAAACUUGGUUUCGUGACCUGAAACUGAAUAUUAUUUAUAUGGUAAGAAUACUAUUUGUAAUUCAUGACAAGGAAAUAAAUGUUAUAUACAUGA